GUGGAGCUUGAACCCGCCGGCGAAGGGGAAGAGGCCGGAGCUUGAGUGAGAGCUCUUGAUUUGCCGGCGAGGGGAAGAUCUGCCGACAAGGGGAAGUUCAGCCGGCGGAGUUUGAGAGAGAGAGAGAGUGACAGGGAGAUUAGGAGAGUGGAGGCAGAAAAAUAAAACAAGGCCAAACCUAGAUUCCAUGACUUCAUCAACUUAAGUAUUUAUAUGGGGUAAUAGUUGUAAAUAAAAUUUUUGAUAGGACUAAAAUGCAAUAAGUUUAAUUUAUAGGACUAAAAUGUAAAAAGUUAUCAAAUAGUUAAUAAUCCACCGAAUCGAUCGGACCUUUGGUUAAAUUUUAUUCAUUUAUAAACCGAAUACUAAAAAAAUAUUUGUUUAGUAUUAAAUGAACGAUCGAAUUGAACUUGACGGAGUAUCUCGACGAAUAAUAACCGAACUAUUUAUUAAUUAUUCGGUUCUGAUAGAAUAACAAUGUUAACAAGAAAGAUCUAACGAGGACCUUCCUUCCUCUUUUAGCCACCAUUGUUAACAAGCUCAGAGUUGAGCAGGAAAAGAAAGGGAUGAGGAGGUAGUGUGAGGGGAGGAGAGUGUAGUGGGGUAUACUUAAAAAUUCUAGGUGAGAGAGCUUUAGAUGGAUGACUUUGUGUUAGGGGUGGAAGUGAACCAAAUAAUUAAUAAAUAGUUCGGUUAUUAUUCGUCGAGAUAAUUCGUCAAGUUCGAUUCGAUCGUUCAUUUAAUACUAAACAAAUAUAUUUUUUAGUAUUCGGUUUAUAAAUGAAUAAAAUUUAACCAAAGGUACGAUCGAUUCGGUGGAUUAUUAACUAUUUGAUAACUUUUUAUAUUUUAGUCCUAUCAAUUAAACUUAUUGUAUUUUAGUCCUAUCAAAAUUUUUAUUUACAACUAUUACCCCAUAUAAAUACUUAAGUUGAUGAAGUCAUGGAAUCUAGGCUUGGCCUUGUUUUAUUUUUCCGCCUCCACUCUCCUAAUCUCAUUGUCACUCUCUCUCUCUCAAACUCCGCCGGCCGAAGUUCCCCUUGUCGGCAGAUCUUCCCCUCACCGGGAGAUCAAGAGCUCUCACUCAAGCUCCGGCCUCUUCCCCUUCGUCGGCGGAUUCAAACUUCACUCUCUUCCCUCUCGCCGACCGAUCCUUCACACUCUCGCAGUCUCCCUCGGCCUGCUAAUUUACCCCUUGCCUCGAGUUUCGACGGUCUCGGUCUCUUCCCUCUCGAUCCUUCCUCAAAUCUUGACUCUUCAUCUCUGAAUCGGGUCUUCAUCAGCACUUCAGUCAUCUCGGCUUCACCAUCGGGGUCUCCAUCAGUCGCUACCUCCCCAAACCCAACGAAACCCCACCGGCUCCACCUCUACCUCCCCAACCUGCGACCCCUUCAUCAAAAUGACAUGCUAUCAGUCAUAUACCUAUGGAUAGAAUGCCACUGCAAUCGCCAUUCAGUGAACAACUCCUGCCAUCUUUUGCCGUUGUGGAGAAAAACCUACCUACCAAUGCCAAUGGUCAAAUGGAUACCAUAAAAGAUCAAUGAUUUGCGACGGUGCAUAAUCACCAAGUGCCAUGCAUGGGGGGUUAUUCGACUCAGGAUCCCAAUGUCAAUGCUCAAAUGGAUACCAUAAAAGAUCAAUGAUUUGCGACGGUGCAUAAUCACCAAGUGCCAUGCAUGGGGGUUAUUCGACUCAGGAUCCCUAUGUAUACCCCAGGAGACUUGAUUCAUCCUCCUUCUUGGUUUCUCAAACAUCAUAAAGCUUAUUUAGGAGCAAUGGUGGAGAGCAUAAUCAGAACAGAGAGGACGGGUUUCCCAUGGAAGAAGAUAUUAAUUUGAGGAACGAAGAAAAUACUCCCAAUCAUAUGUUUAUGAGCUCAAUCCUAUCAGAAUCAAGUGCCUGAGAUUAUCCCUUUUUCAUCUCUCUCUCUCUCUAAAAAUGUUACGCUAAACAAAGGAAAUCUCUUGUGUGAGUGCAGGGAACAACUUUCACCUAAGUAAUGCCAGUGCCCUAGUGAACUCUAGGAGGGUCGUAUGCAUUCCAAGUUCAAAUUUCAACAGCUCGUCCCUCGAAAAUGUUGCCCAAGGCUCUCAAGCAUCACAAGGUACGCGUCACAUAUCUGCUGAUGAAAGUGCUCGAACUCAUAUGUAUAUGAGCACAAUGCCAUCACAAUCAGGUACUUGCUAAGACGUCGCAUAAAACUAAGGAAAGUUUUUAUACGAGUGCAGGGCACAGCUUGCACCCUACCAAUUCCAGUGCCCAAGUUAACCGAAACCAAGAUCAAUCUGUAGAGGCUCAUCAAACUCGAGUUCGUAAUGGAACCGAUCAAAGUUCAGAAUCAGCUCCAGUUUGUGAUGUAUCUGAUUCAAGUUCGAAUAAUUCUAAUGGCUCGUUCGCGUAUGAAGUUUUCCCCGUGUACGAAAAGUUGGAAUAACAAAGAAAACCCCCCCAGAUGUAGAGAUUUCGCAGGAGAGCUCAUCUUCAUUGAGGAUGGAUUUUGCAGAGUUUGAUUCUUUUGUGUGCUAAUUAGUACUGUAUUUUACAUUAUGAUCUUUUCUUUUUCUUUUCUUUUUUA